GAUCCUGUUAGUCCAUUUGAACCAAGAAUGGCACAGCUAGAGACGUUAGAAGCAAAGAUGGCCAGUAUAGAGGUAUCACUGUCUACAACACCGAGACGAAAGAAGAAUGGAAGUAUUGGAGGUGGAUCCAAAGCGAGUAUUGUUCGUGUAGAUCCAAUUUCACGGGAAUUAGAUCAUUUACGAUUGGCGUUACGUGAUAAGGAAAAUGUUAUACAAAGUUUAAAAGGGCAAAUAAAUCACACAACAACUCCAACAACACCAGGAACGAAUGGCGGUGGAAUAGGAGGUUUACCAUUUUUAAAAUCAAAUGGAAAUGGUCCACCAAUUAAUCAUACAACACAAUUAACAUCAGUGGAACGGAAGCAUGCUGAAGAUCGUCUUGCCAGAGUGAAAGCUGAAAUGGAUAAUAAAAGAUUAGCAAUAAAAAAUUUAAAAAUAGCUUUAGAACGUUUGGAUAUUACUGAUAAUAUUGAUGUUCGUAUUCAACAAGCAGAAUUAGAAUAUCAACUUGGUCGUGAAGAAUUGAAUGCAUUAAGUUUACUAGAAGAAGCGAGAGCAUUACAAUUAUGUUUGGAGGAUAUUCCCCAGACAAGCAAACCACAAACAACGUUAUACAGCUGUACUAGAGGAUGUAGCGGCUAUGUAACAUUGCAUGCCAUUGAGGUCAAAUACGACGCAAAAAGUCCUCGAUUUGGAGCGGCACCUAAGGACAAUAACCCCGGACUAUAUGUUGAAUGGGCAUUAGAUGAUACGGAGCUAUGUAAAGGUGAUAGAGUUGUUGAAGUUAAUGGAAAAUUAGUAUUAAAUAAAACAAAAGAAGACAUGCUACGACUGUUGGCUGUAGCACCAAAUCCCGCCCAAAUCGUAGUAUUACGUAAUAAUGUAAAUAACUUUAUAAUUGAGAAAAAUCUAAUACAAUCGGCUACAUCAAAUGAAGUCGGGCAUUUACGAGCAGAAUUAGAAGUAGUUAAAGAACGUGCCGAGGAAGCACAACGAAUGAAAGAGGGUUUAAAAGGUGAUAAUCUUCGAUUAACUCAUCGAAUAUCAUACCUAGAAGAGCAAGUAGCUGAAUUAUUACAUCGGAAAAACUCCGAAAAUAAUAAUAAUCAUGUACAGGAAGUACAGAAACAAGUACCUCCAUCACAAAGUCAAGUGAUUACAUCGACUGUGAAAAAUAGUCAAAACAUUACAAAUAUCAGUAUUACUUCCCCACCUCCAUCUCCGAAUCGAAAUUCGGAUUUACAAAUAUUUCAAAAAGGACCACAAGUUACUGCUCUUGUAGCAAAUUUACCUGGUUUAGAGACUGAUAAUCGUGAUAUGUUACGAACUUUACGACCUAGGUCAUCACAUUCGAAUAUUUCAAGUACGCAUAUACCAGCUCCUGAAGACAUUAACCAACGAACACGACAUAGUCGAUAUUCUUCACAAUCUUCAACGCGUACUCUUGAUUAUAAUUCAGAAAAUUCUUCGGUUGAUCAUCGAAAAUCUUCUAGCCAUCAUCAUCACCACCAUCACCAUCAGAGAAGAAAUCCCGAAGAAAAAUAUUCUUCUCACCAUCGAAAGUCUUCGCAUUCCGAUCAUGAGAAUAAUAAUCGUUAUCAUCACUCGAAUCGAAUAAUUCAUGAUUCACAUAGUCAUGAUGAAUUAGAUCAAGAUUCGGAACCAUCAUCAAGACUUUACGAUACACGUAGUGUGAAAUCGUUAGAUUUCGACAGUGAACCUUGCAUAAAUAACAAUCACUACACGAAGUCGACGAAAGUUCAUUCGAUGAAAAAUGUCGAUUAUACGUCGGAACCUAUUGCCAACGAUAAAAAAAUACAAUCAUACUACCAACGACGUGAAAGUGCUGAUCCACGACAAUUACGGCCAAAACCACCGAAAAAACCUAUACGUUUAUCAUUACACCGUGCACAAAGUUUACAAUCCGUUGAAACGAACCCAACACAAUUAUCGUGUAUGUCAAACUAUAAGGAUGAUAAAAAACCACUAAAACGUAAUCAUAAAGGUGAAGCACCUCCAGCACCAAGUACAGUAGUGAAAAUAGAACGUCCUACGGAACAACCUCCGCAACCCCCACCACAUAAAUAUGAAAAUCAAGAAUCAAAUUCUCGAGCUUCGUCACGUAGUGAUAAUCAUUCGGCUUUAAGAUGGCCAACAUCGUUACAUUAUUUAUCAUUUGUUAGGUCUUCAUCGUCGAAUCGUCAUAAUGGACAUUUAUCAGACGGUGGAAAAUGGUGUUAAUUAAUUUAUUCACCAUUCAAUAUCGAUAUACUUAUACGGUAUCGAAUUAUACCCACAUAUUUAUUAAU